AUGGCAUUGACAAGGAGAAGACUGCAAAGGGAAUCGAAAACUCCACUGUUAACAAAGAAGAAAGUGACUAGAAGGAGAUCCAGCAGGAGAAAGAAAGAAGAUUCUACCAAGACUCAGCCUGUUGCACAAGAAGAGGAUACUACUAUUGAUUCGAUAAAACAGGAGUCUGUUUCCUUAAAUUCUUCACCAAUAAAACUGAUAAACCGAGAAUUAAACAAUAUAACUCCCACAAAGAACCUUCUAUCUUCAUCACCAACAAAAAGAAAGAAAAGUGUGGCAUUUUCAGACGAUUUGAUUUCAGAUGUACCAAGUACUCCUGAGGGAAGCCAAACUUCGGGUAGAUCCAUUUUAAAAGCAUGUAACUUAAAUUUAUAUACUGGGUUGGUAGAUCCAAACAAUACUUCAUUAUGGGAGAAGGACAAACCAACAGAGAGCCAAUCAUACGGUCCCAAGAAUCCAAAUUUCUGGCUCCAGGGUACAAUUGUUCAGCUUCCAGCAAAUUCACCUGAUUUGUAUUAUUUGGUUGAAGGUUGUAUCAUGGUAUUGGAAGAUGAUGAUUUUGACAAGAGGUUUGAAGUUUAUGCUACAUUAAACAGUAUUUACAAGACAAACACAGCUGAUAAUGUUGUUAGAUUAUUUUCCUGUGUUUUUGGUGAUAGCUUGGCUGCUAGUCCUAGCAAGCGUGGAAAACGUAGCCCGGCUUCAAAGAAAGCCACUAGUCCAACCAAAAAAGAAUCAGCAAAACAGUAUGUUGUACUUUUAACAAGUCAGAUCGUCAAAGAUAUAGAACUGAUUGAGGACUUCUUAUAUGACAGUGAUGUGAAUAAAGAAAAUAAAAGCAUCUCCAGAAGUGAUCCAUUUCGUAUAAGAGUGAUAAACCAAGCAUUGAAAUUAUUGAGUUAUUUUAUGUUAGAUCAAGAAUUGAAUAAAUUGAUCCCACUUGAAACAAUUGAUUGGGCAUAUCGUCGUGCCUGUGAUGUUUUAACUAAUGCCAAAGUUUCAAAAGCCAUUUUAUCUUCAUACAUGGUUAUUAUCAAGGACUGCAAGUUGGGCGCCAAGAGAAGAAAGCUUUUAUUUGAUAAUGGUGAUUUACCCGAAAAGAUGUUGUUCAGUUUGAUUAACAUGACAAAAUUCCCAAGUUCUUCUUUGAUCUCGGAACAGUUUAUCUGUUUCAAGAAUUUUGUUAAUUUAUUUCCUAAUAUCAUGGCAAAAAAUAUUCAUCAAUGGUUUGGAAUGUUGUUAUUGAACAUAUGUCAAAUUGGAUCACCAUUCUACUUGAAAUGCUUCACGAUCGGUGUACAUUGUUUAUUAGAAGUCACAAAAGCAUUUUUGGAUAAUCGUACGGUCAUGAUUUAUGUGAGACGUUUCUUAUCAUCACCAGUUCCGUUAGAAACCAAGUCAAUGGCAAGUAGUGAGUCUAUUGAUUUAGACUCUGACCUGGUAAGUUCACAGGAUACCAAGGUUGUUGAUAUGGUGUUAAAUAAACUCCAGGAAUUAAUCCGUGAGUCUCAGUUCAAAGCAGCCAUGGAUAUUUGGGUAGCGUUGACAGUCUUGGUUGGAAAUGCGGGUUCAUCUUUUGAUAAAUGGGAGCAUUUGAAUAAGUGGCUACAAAUUACCAAACAUUGUUUCAACUCACAGGAUCCAGAUGCAAGAGUCUUGGCGUUGAGUUGUUGGAAGGCAGUCUGUUUCAAUUUAUCGAGAGAUGAUGCGGAGGAUAUACGAAAGGCUUUAGAUCCAAUAAUAAUGGGAUCACAAAAUGCAAAAUCAAAACAAACUUUGAUUAACAGUGCUAUGAAGCCAAAGGUCAAACUUUUCACCUAUUUGUUCCACAGUUUUAAUGCAGCUGAAAUGGAAGUUGAAAUUAUCGAUACAAUGCACAAUUUAUUCAUUGCAAUAUUAUAUUCUAUUAUCAACCCAAUAGUAAUCAAACAACGUACAAAAUAUUUGCACAUCUUGUGGGACAAGGUUUUCCAAUUUGUGUUUGUUAAUUUUUAUUUCAAGAAGGGGUCAUCAAAUGCCAGAAUGAACCAAUUGGGGUUGAAAGUGUUAAUGAGAUUAUUAAAGCCAUCAUCACCAAUCAAUGAAAAAAAUUUCAAUGAAAUAAGAUGUUUAUCAAAUGAACCUGUAUCAAUUACUGAAAUCAAUUCUUUGCCAUCUAGAUGGGUUCAUGAUAAGUUUGAUCGAAUAAUGCAAAAUAUGAUUUUGGUUUUCCAACUGGAGUAUUUAUCAGUAGAGGACAAAGUUGGAUUUUUCACAGCAUUCUUAGCAAGUAUCAAAUCAAUUACACGCAGUGAAUCGACAAUUUCUGCUGCUACUUAUGAUAUAAUCGAUAACAUCCCAAUUGUGUUGAACCAGUUAUUUAAAAGACGUGCACUUUCUCAUGAUUUGAUUAUCAAAUUGAUUGUUAACUUGCAUGACACAUUCACCUCUUCUUUGCUAAUCAGAAGGGUUAACGAGAAUGACGAAAAUGAUAUAAACUACAAUCUUUAUCUUCCUAUACUUGAAAAUUGUUCCAAGACCUUGUCAAAAGAAGAAUCAUUGGAAGUAUUUCAUUUAAUUAUUCAAUCGCUUUCACAAAAGAAAGUACUUAUUUUCAUUGCAGAUUAUUUACAACUGGGUGCUGCCACUGAUGAAGUCAAGAAUGUAUUUAUUGAUAUCUUGAACAAAAGGGCAACUGAUACUUCCAAACAAGAAUUACUCCUAUACGGUGAAAUAUGUCAAUGUUUAGAUGCCGGUUUUGAUGUCUUUGUUAAAAGGAUAAUUCAAUCCAUUGUUAUAUCUGAUUCAGAAGAAAUGCGAAACAGUUUUGAGUACUUGAAUAUUGAGAAAUGGAACAUCUCGAUUGUUGUUUUCUUCUUGGUAUUAGUAAAGAAUGCUCCGAAUAAACACGUCCACCAGUUUACAAUUGAUAUACUUCGAAAGGUAUUGAAAGCAAAGUUCAUUCCAAUGUUGGAAUUUUUGACACUCCAAGAUUUUGAUGUGGAACUUUUCCCAUUGUUGGAUCAAGUUUUUUUGACCGCGUUGGAGUUUGUGGGUGAACCAUUAUUUAAAGUUUGUCUGUUAUUAAAAGACUAUUUAGCCAAGAAGAUGGAUCAGUCUGACAAUUAUCCAUUAAUUGAUAAAUUAUUGAUUGGAUGCUAUGCCGAUUUAGGCAUUGAUGUUAGCAAUUUGAUUGGAAAGGAUUGCUCAAGAUUUCCCGAAUUCAGGGCAGCUUUGGAAGACAGAGGCAUGUGUUUGGUUGAAGGAAGGAUAAUCAGUAAAAGCGAAUUGGAAUCACAAGAGAGUACACAGGAAAGCAUUGUAAGUGUUGACGACGAUUUAGUUGAAGAUGGACAAAGACCUGAAGAUAGUCAACAACAAGAUGAUGCUAGUAAUUUAGAAUUGGUAAGUAAAUCUGAAUCAGCUGAAUUUCUUGGUACCCAAAUAAUUGAAACAAAAGAGGAGGAAGAGGAAGAAGAAGAAGAAGAAGAGGAAGUAGUCAAUGAGAAGGAAGAAAUAGAAGUGAAGGAGAAUGAGAAGGAAGCAAGAGUAGAAAAUGAGGAAAGUGAAGUAGACGAAGAGGAAAAGACCGAAGACAGUGAUGUAGGUGCCAAAGAAACAUCAGACAAUGAAGAGGCUCUGUUGAUACAGGAGGAAACAGUAGAUGCCCAAUUGAAGAACAAUGUGCUGAUUGUUGAGUCUGUGACAGUCACCUAUGCAGAUGGUGAGCAAAAGGCAGAAUUAGAAGAGGGUAAAAAGGAGAAUGAAGAGGACAAUGCUGGCGAGGUUACAACCAUUGCUGAUGAUAUUUCUCGAGAUGAGAUUAAGGAUGAUGUAAUGGAAGAGUCGCCAGAAAAUAAGGAUGGUGACCUGUCUGAAAAUGAAGAAAUGUACCCAUCCGCAAUUCAGCGUGCGUUUGAAUUGACUCAGAUCGAAAGACCAAUUUUAUCACCAAUUGAGGAUUCACCAAUUAAAAUUAAUAAGAGAAGAAUAUUACUAGAUGACUCACUUAAGUUGGAUCUUCGAGAAGCAAGCAAGAAAGAUGAUGAAAUAGAAAGUGAUACUGUCGGUAGAACAAAUAAGAAACGCAGAGCUGAAGAUCCAUCUGAUGAUAUGACUUUAUCAAAGAGAAAGAAACAUGGACUUCUGACUUUAGCACAAGAAAAUCAAGAGAUUGAUAAUUCUGGAGAAACAUCUACAAAGGAAAGCAAAUACGGUGAGAUGGAACCUGAUACCGAGGUGAAAGAAAGUGACGAAGAAAAUGAGCAAUCGACUACAUCAGUUGCAAUAGAAAUCAAUAAUAAUCAAUCUAACAGUCAUGACAACGGAGAUAACGAUGUUGUUCAGAUUGAAAACGCAGAGGUUCCAGAAAUUAAUGAAGAGCAAAAAGUUGAAAACAACAAUGAUGUACGGUCCGAAGCUGACUACAAUAGUGUGGCUAUCCAAACAGAAACCAUAGUUUCCACCACGGAUAACAGAACUCCAUUACUGCCAAUCAAGACCAUUCCAAUUGCAAGUAUAAUUGAUCAGUCUCAACAACCUCUGUCAGAGACUGUAAAAGAAAAGGAAUUACGUCUUUCUCCGGUCCAAUUAACUGCUAUGCUUGAAAAUUUGUCCAACGAAGAAUUAUCAACAUUAUCACCAGAUGAGAAGUAUAACAUGGAAACCAAACUACUUAAUUUGAUGCUCCGCUUAAGGCAAUCGUCAUAA